GGUAACAUUCAUAUGUCUCCAGUGAACAUCUGGAAGAGGUUCCUCGCGCUGCUGUUUAAAGAAUCGACUGUGACUUUAAAAUGUCUUUCGUAAAAGUGGAGGAGAAAAGUGACUUUUCUUAUCACAACUUGCCUUACGGAGUUUUCUCUACAACGGACAAUCCCAGGCACAGAAUUGGUGUUGCCAUUGGAGACCAGAUUUUGGACCUCAGUGUUAUCAAGCAUCUUUUCAAUGGACCAGCUCUUGUGGAUCAUCAGAAUGUUUUUGAACAGCCCACACUCAAUGCUUUUAUGGCUCUGGGUUAUGAUGCUUGGAAGGAAGCGAGAAAGUGCCUCCAGAUGCUUCUGGCCCUAGAUGAGUCCACGCUGCGUGAUGAUGUCAGUUUAAGAAACCGGGCAUUUGUUCAGCAGAUUUCUGCAGUGAUGCAUCUCCCAGCUGAGAUCGGCGACUACACGGACUUUUACUCAUCGAGAGAUCAUGCCACCAACGUUGGAAUAAUGUUCCGUGGAAAAGAAAAUGCCUUGAUGCCCAACUGGCUUUGCCUGCCAGUGGGGUAUCAUGGGAGAGCUUCAUCUGUGGUGGUCUCUGGAACACCAAUCAGAAGACCUCGAGGACAGAUGAGACCAGACGCAGCUCAGCCGCCCAUCUUUGGGCCUAGCAAGCAGCUGGAUAUAGAGUUAGAGAUGGCGUUCUUCGUGGGAAAGGGGAACAAACUUGGAGAGCCCAUCCCAGUGGAGAAGGCUCACAAACACAUCUUUGGCAUGGUGCUUAUGAACGACUGGAGUGCUCGGGAUAUCCAGGCUUGGGAGUAUGUUCCAUUAGGGCCGUUCCUGGGCAAGAAUUUUGGGACCACUAUCUCGCCCUGGGUCGUUCCCAUGGAAGCACUGAUGCCCUUUGUAGAGCCCAAUCCGCUCCAGGACCCCGCGCCUCUUCCAUACUUGCGUCACGAUGAGCCUUACACGUUCAACAUCAACCUGUUUGUCGCUGUGAAAGGUGAGGGGAUGCGAGAGGCCGCCACCAUUUGCAAAUCCAAUUUUAAGUACAUGUACUGGUCCAUGAAACAGCAGCUGGCACACCACACAGUCAACGGCUGCAACGUCAGACCGGGAGACCUGCUGGCAUCAGGCACCAUCAGCGGACCGGAUCCCGAGAGUUUUGGCUCCAUGCUGGAGCUCUCAUGGAGGGGAUCCAAGACUAUUGACCUCGGCGAGGGAGAGACAAGGACCUUCCUGAAGGACGGGGACCAGGUCACUCUCUCAGGUCAUUGUGAGGGCAGGGGUUACAGGGUGGGCUUCGGUCUGUGUGAGGGGAAGAUCCUUCCUGCCCUGCAACACUGACACAGUUCUCUGUCUGUAAGCCAGACGCAACAGCCAUCAACAAAUGCAGUAUUAUUCAUGAUCUAAUACUCAUGUCUUUUCAAAAUAACAUGAAGCACUUUUUACGUUCAUAAUCUGGCACAUUUCUGAAUAAUGUGGGGUGGAACUUGAUUUUAUCCAUCUGGAUUGUGCAGAUUGGUCAUUAAAUAUCAUAAAAUAUGAAGGAAAACAUAAAAGAACGUGUUUGUUUAGAUAACCUUUGUGAUCUUAGGAAAAUAUGUAGGUAAGAUAGUAAUGCAUCAUUAUGGGCCUCCACGUGAUGGAAAAUGGUCAUUCAUUUCUGCAAUUGAACUAGUUUUUGCAGAAAUUACACACUUGAAUUGCUUUGUCACUCUGUUACUGAAAAAGAAUUCAAUAAAGUUACUCAUUGUUUUUAAA